AUAAUGCGGCGCCAGUCCCGAUUUUGCCCCGUGAGAAGCACUCCGUCGGAAAAGUCAGCCGCUGACGCGACCUAAGUCUCAAGCAGGUCACUGAUGGACAAUGACGAUCAUCCUUGUGAUGGUAGUCCCUCGUCGCACAAAAAACGGGCGCAGGCAGCAGCAGCAGUACUAGCAUCGUCCCCAUAUCAACACAACGACCUGUUCACGUCGUCAGUGCGCGCAUCUCCCGGUGGUGCAUUCCGGUAUAGUCCCAUGGCGCCGUCUUCGAUGUCGUACUCGCCUUUCUUGAUGGACUCGUAUCAUUUUGCCAGUGGCGGCGGCGGGGCAUCAACAGUGGCGAGUUUUUCGUCGCCGGCAAGCUUCUUCUCGGGUUGCCCGGACGCCAUCAGCGACGACGACAUGUACAGCUCGUUAUCUCAUCUUCCCAGUCACAUUACCCCGACUGCGUCUUCGGCGCAUCAUUCGUCGCAUCACGAUCGACAGUCUCACUGGUCGUCUCCACGCCUAGCAUCAUCGUCGUCACCACGCCAUCUCGACGUCGCAGAUGACGAAAGUUCCAAUGACGAUGGCGAACCGAACGAUGCCAGCAGCGAUCCUUCCUCUGUUGUCGGGCUGUGGAACUGUCGUGUGUGCACGCGCUUGAACCAAAACGACCAGUGCGUCUUCUGUGGCCACGACAAGGACGCCCCGUUCCGGCCUGUGACCAACGCUGGUGGUGCUGCCACGUUAUCGUAUACAACGACCAAGCCAACGCACACCGCCAUCGGGUACGACGACCGCAUGCUUCUCCACCGCGAAGUCCAGCCGCGGGAUCUCUUGGACAUGCAUCCGGAACGACCUGACCGCAUUGCCGCCAUCUUUACUCAGUGCCAGACCGAUGGUCUGGUCCAGCGAUGUACUCAUAUUCCAAGCGUACUCGUGGACAAAUCUGACUUGCUGCGAUGCCACGAUGCCGACUACUUGAGCCAACUGGACGACGUGUGCCAGCUACCACAACACCACCUAACUCCAGACACAUAUUGCUGCAGUGACACGGGGGUAGCGGCGCACAUGUCGGCGGGGAUUGUGCUGUCGUUGGUGGACAAGGUCGUGCACGGCGUAGCUCGAAAUGGGUUUGCGAUUGUUCGGCCGCCAGGCCACCACGCCGAGCCCACCCACGCCAUGGGUUUCUGCAUGUUUAACAACGUGGCGGUGGCCGCCGCCGCCGCCGUCGCCAAGUUUGGCUUGAAGCGCGUGCUCAUAUUGGACUGGGAUAUCCACCACGGCAACGGAACCGAGCACAUGUUUGAAGCCGACCCGACGGUGCUCUACUGCUCGCUACAUCGGUACGAUGACCAGGGCGCGUUCUACCCGGGCACGGGUGCCCCAGACAGCGUCGGGUCGGGCGCCGGCACGGGGUUCAAUGUCAACGUCGGCUGGCCUGGCGGCGGCGUCGGCGAUGCAGAGUACCUGGCCGCGUUCGACUCGCUGCUCAUGCCCAUCUUUCGAGCGUACGCGCCAGAGUUGGUGCUCGUGUCAGCUGGCUUUGACUCGGCCUUGGGGGACCCGCUGGGCCGAUGUAGACUUACGCCCCCAGGGUAUGCCCACCUCACGCACAUGCUCAGUUCACUGGCCGAGGGCAAGAUUGUGUUGGCGCUCGAGGGCGGGUACAAUUUAAAGUCCAUUGCCACGUCCGCGAGUGCCUGUUUGAGUGUACUGUUGGGCGAUCCGCUGCCGCGCCUAGCGGCCGACAUGGGUCCGCCUAUGGCCAGCGCCUUGCACGCUAUUGCCCGGACGAGGCGAUGUUUGCAGCCUUACUGGCCAUGCUUGGCCGACGUAUCCGACUCUUCCGAUGACGCAAGUGAAGACCACCUCUCGGAUGAUCUGCACCAAACCAACCCCCCAAAUGUGCGACGGAGGCGCCGCCCAUCCGUUGAUAACACGCCGUCGUCCAGUGAAGAAGAAGAAGACGAUGAGGAGGUGGUAGUGGAGGAACCCCCAUGUGCGACAGAGUGCGACGACAGUAAUCUGCGGCGACGGAGGUGGGACGCGUGGGCGGCCAAAGUCGACUUGGCUGCACGAAGGGACCCUCAAAUAGCAGUGGAUUUGCGAGCCAAGUUACGCCAACGCAAGCGACUUGGGCAUGGCAAAAACGCACAAAGAAGAUAUCACCCGUUUGUGCCAGUUCACCACCACCACCACCACAUGCAAUAAUGAUGUCACAUAUAAUAGAAGACAAACCACCAUAGAUCCCAAA